CCUCAUAACUUCCUUCCCACUCCGUUUUCCAUUUUCAAUCUCUACUCUCUCUCUCUCUCCUAAAUUCUCUCUCUUCCUCCCUCCCAUCUCUGUUUCACCAUUCUCUCUCUUCCUCGUUCGAUUCUAUCGGAAUCUUUUCUGAAUUUGGGUUUCUCUUCUUUUGAUCAUUCGAUAAUCCAUCCCUUUGCGACAUUCCCAAUCCGGGACUGUCGGUACCCGGCCGUCGGAGGCCUCUUCUCCUCUUCUCUCCGGCCGAAAGUCUCUAUGAGCUUUUCGUCUGUUACUACUUGGGAUUGGGAAGUUUUCGACAUAUUUGAUUUGAAAUCGCAUGCGAAGUGAACAAAAAGGAGCGAUCGAGAAAUCACGAAUACUUGGGAUCUUGAGAGAUUUGAUGUUAUGAGGGGUUAGGCGAUGGAAUAGUGAACGGGAGAUUGUUGAAAUGAAGCGCAUGGAUUAUAUUUUGGAAUGCGAUCUCUGUAUUUCAGAGUUUCAAGAGGUCGUGGAAUGGGGCAAAAGCCGCGCUGUUCUUUUCGAGGUUGCGAGAUAUUGUUUAGUUCGCGGCGGCGAUGAAUAAUUCACAAGUACUGGUUGAGUUUCAGGAAUUGAAAUCUAACGAUUUCGGGUUAUCGCUUAACUUAUGUUCGUCAUGGAUAGAACAUAGGCUGGGGAUUAAAUCCGGAUGGCCGAAGAAACUUGUAGGCGCCCCAUCUUCCAUUUCUCUGAUAAACACAAUGCGAUUGAUUUCUCGCUGACAGAAGAGAGCUAGCGAAGUAAUCCAUUUCUGAUUCAAUACUCUCUUACGGCGUGAUAGAACCUAGAUCCAGAUAUAAUCGAAUCAUAAAGGGUUUGGAUGUCUUGAUUUGUUUAUCCCAUUUCAUGUUCUUGUUGCAUUUUACAGGCGGUGAUUUUCAGACUUGAUCUGAUUCGAAAAUUGAAGAGUGGUGCCUAAAAACAUAUGGAAUCUGGGCGAAAGAUUGAGGCCGGUGAAUCAAAUACACAUCCUAGCAAAAGUUUAAGCUCCGCCUUAUCCUCGGCAUCUAAUUCCUCCUCCGACAGCUCCUUUGAAUUGAUUGUAAAUGAGCCCGGCCUAUACGUUGGUGGUACGACGAGUGACUCUUUGAAAAAGAAAGAGUUGCAUGUUGCAGGACACCCGGAUUCUGAUUUUGCGUUUAUCAAUGGCAAUGAAUCUUCCCUUCGUGGUGGUGUGAUUGAAUUCCCAAAGCCUGCAAAGGACAAAGAUAUCAAGGCUGUGGUGAAGAACAACAGGUCAGGCAGCGAGGAAACAACUCAAUAUCCUCAAACUCAAGUGAUGGAGCGAGCUGAUAAUCCUAAUUCACCUGGAUAUAGAAUCCCAUCUCAUGUCUUUUCUAGAACUAAAUCUACAACGCCUACAGAAUGGAGUGGUGCUUCAAAUGAAUCAUUGUUCAGUAUUCAGAUGGGAACCAUGAGUUUUACCAGAGAACAAUUGUGUUGGAUAGGAAAAUCAGGCGAGCUAUAUAGGUCUGGUGAAUUAGCCAUGAGCGUAUCCCAGGUUUUGAAUAUGAAACAUUCUGAAUGUGGGUUGAAGGGCACCCAUCAAGAUGGUGAUAUGGCAGCCACUGAAGCACGAUGUGCACAAACAAUGAGGGAGGUUAUAAGGGAAAAUUCAGAAACCAACCGCAUGGGAAGUUCUACUCUAACAGAGUCGUCAUCUCAGUCAGCCAGCGUUUCUCAUCAGUCAGAAAGCAGCACACAAUCUUUCCAGUUUCCCAUAUUGUCAGGAGAUGGAGCAAAAAGCAUUUCUUUUAAGGGAGCAGAACCCGAGAAGGAGAAGGCGAAUCACGAGACGAAUAAUGAAUUGCAACAUUCAGCUUCAUCAAAUCCACAGAUCCCCAAAGAAUCGAGCUCAGACGAAUCUCCAAAAGCAGAUUCAAAUGUGGCUCCUCCAAAGAGAUGGCUUUCUUGCUUAUCUUGCUGCUCCUUCCGUAGUUGAGAGAAGUGUACAGGUUCAACAAAACUGCCACUGCCCCCCUCUUCUUGUGUAGCUUCUAGGAUAAUGCAUCGGGAUAGUUUUGUUAACGACACGAAUUUUGUUUUGGUAGACACAGUUUCUCGGUUCUUGGUAACUGGAUAAGCCAUCUUUGGACGCAAACUUUGUGCUAAAUCAUCUGUGUCUGAUGUUGACAACUUCAGUGCUGAUGAUGCUGAUGAAAUUGCAAGAAAGAAAAAACGGUUCAAAGAAGCUCGAAAUGAUUGUCUCCAAUCAAAUGUGGCUUCUCGUCUGUCUGUACUUCUCCUUGAUGAAACAUGAGAGUGGUACCCGUUGUAUCGUUUGAUUGGAAUGUAUGAUACCCAAUGGUGCUCGUUGUUGGUUGUCUUUUGCCCCUUGUGGGUCUGGGAAGUGUCGAGAGUUUCAAGGAAGCUGAUGAACAGACGUUGAUAGCUGAAUGAAUGGCUUCGAGUUUGAUCGAAUUGGAAUUGGAUGUGUUGAGUUUUGAAACGAAGGGAGGAGUCAGUGCUGUUGUUGAUGCUGCUGCUUUAGAUUUGCUUGUACGUGGUGGAACUAUGUAGCGAGAGCAAGAUCAUAGCUUAUUCUCUUAUUGCCGUGUCGAUAAUCCCUUUUUGUUCCCCUUUAUAAAUAUAACUGUUCUUUGACAGUUUUUGUUUCUCUGUGUUUGUUAUCUUACUCAACUAUAAUGAUUACUUGAGAAUUAUCAUCC